AACCCGCCAGUUGAAAUGCAUUCCGGAGCUGCUGUUGCCUUCAUUUUGUCAGCACUGAUCGCUGCCCUAAUCCUGCCCAGGCAAACUGCAGCCAUUCCCAUGGACUAUGACACCUUGGACAGACCAAAUACCGAUUAUCCAGCCUUAUUUCGAGCCUUUUUGGAUAUGGGAAACGCCCUCUUCGGCACCUGGACUCCCGAUGGGGCGAUAGAGGAGUUUAUACGCAAACAGGAAGCUCAAGGGCUGAGCCAUUAGGGAGUACCACCAUCCCCCACUGCUCUCCCCACUUUCCACAGAUGUGUUGCAUAAGUUUUGCAUGCAAAAAUACAGGCGAAAGGAGUGGGUUUAGUUGUGGCGAUCCAAAGUAACGUUUUAAUUAUGCACGCUUCAGUUUUGGCCAGAUCAGCCAACAUUACCACUUCGUUUGGCAUUCGCUAUAAGAUAUUCGUGUCUUUAGCUUAGUUUAAUACCCUGCCAGAAGAGUACUUAACAGGCCACUUAUUUUUACAG